CGACUAUAUAUAAUGUUACUUUCGUGUUCGGUCGACACACUAAAUCCUUGAUCAAACGUCACGUUGAUUUUAUGCUUCCAAUUUCUUUUUCCUGUUUAGUAUUGGCAGACUAUAGAAUAAUUAUUAGCAUCUUAUGAUUGUUUAUUAUCAAUAGUUACUCUCCUUUCCCCCACCUUUAUUCUCAUAGGCUAAGUUGGAACGACUAUGAAACGUCCAGAAUCCGAUAAAGUACUUAGCUUAUAUAUUAGUGCCAAUAUUUGUUGAAGAAUUACAAAAAUAUAAUUCAUCAUCAUGUCUUCAGGAUUAGUUUCAAUUAGCCUUUUCUCUAUCUUAAUCGUGUCGUGUGGCGCUUAUUCAUGGCCGUCGCCCAGAGUGGCAGAGAAUCCUUCACCUUACAAACUCCUCGAGCAGUACGACUUUCCGGUGGGUCUUCUCCCACAAGGCGCAACCGGGUAUGACCUGAACCCAACCACCGGCGAGUUCUCGGCGUAUCUCAACGGCACGUGCACCUUCACGCUCGCAGAGUCGUUUUAUCUCAAGUACGAAUCCACCGUGUCGGGACGGAUAUCCAAAGAUCUGCUCCGGGAACUGAGAGGCGUCAGCUUUGUGGCGAUCAAGCGGAGGUUGAGAAUUGUUGAGGUGAGAAAGGAAGGAGAAGUGCUUGUAUUCUCCGUUGGUCCUUCUUCCGCCGACUUCCCGGCCGAAGAUUUUGCAGUUUCUCCGAAAUGUGGGUGUGGGUUCAUCUGUAAUGUUGCUGAAGAAACUGAAAUUGAUCAUCACCGUCGUCGUGGGAUUUAUCAGAACUGGAUGGAUCUUUAUCUGUCUUCUUCAUGGUGAUAUAUCGUCAAUUCAUCACUUUAAUUAUUGAUUGAGCUCAAAAUGAGAGCAUUUAUAAGUCACUUGUGGCGGAUUAUUUUCCGUUAACUUGUGGUUUGAAUUAUAAAAUCUACAUACAUUAUAUAUUUACAUACGAAAUGAGAAUAUGAAAUUUUAAAUUUUAUAAGUGAGUAAUAUUUACAUACAUAGCCAUAGAGUAUGCUCCUCUUGUGUGUUCACCGAUGGCAAAUGAAGCUGACUACAUCUUUCACAUCAUUUCACUGUUCAAAACUAAAUUUAAAUUAAAUUUGUACUGCGUUAUAUAAGUUAAAAUCGGCAG